GAAGAAGAAGAAGCAGGCAAUGUUGGCAGUCCUGACAAGAUGGCAGGGAGGGCGCACAGAUGAGACUCCUUACUCUGCCUCCGUAGCCGCCACCACCGCCCUCCAAUGGCCGUGUAUCGCGGUGACACGACGCCGAGGGGCCGUCCCGAGGAAAGAUGAUGAAGAAAGUGAACUUGUCCCAGUUGCUUAGCCGUUCGCCGCGCCAUGGAGGCAGGAGGGCGAGCAGUGCCAAUGGCGAGGUGUUCGAGGUGUUCGUGGGGUGCUCCGCCUCGCCGCCCCACCCGGAAAAGGCAGCCAAGAAGAAGACUAAGACUGGCAUCCUUCAGACCCUCAAGAAGAAGAUAAGCGGGAAGCUUGACUCCUGCCAAGGCUCCCACUGCAGCUCGCCCAAGAAGAGCAAGAGCUUCGAGGGCCUCUCCAACAGCUUCGGGGACUCGUUCUCGCAGUCCAUCAGCGAGGAGUCGUCCAGCGAUGGCCUCAACACCUCCGGGGGACAGACGCACAAGAGCAAGCUCAACAAGCGCGCCAUCCGCCCCAUGCACACGCCCGUCACCCGCCAGAACUCCUCGUCGCGAGUGCUGGCGGAGGGCGAGGGCGGCCUGGACACCGUCAGGGCCCCGCCCACCAAGGCAACGGAGGCGGGGGCGCCGGACCAGCCCAUCACGGCCCUGUCACUCUUCGGCAAGGCGGCCAACCACAUAUCAGAGACCACCGAGGUGCUGGCCCUGCCCGACACCUUUGACGGUGGCACGGCGGGUGGUGCUGACGCGGUGCCUCGGGUGCUGGUGGAUGCAGUGGGCGGCACCGCUGACCCCCAAGGCGGCGGUGAUGGGCAGGAUCACGGUGCCAUAACGGAAACGUCCUCCCCAGUGUCGUACGGGGAGCUCUGGGGACCCCAAGAUGCAAACAUUGACGCCAGCAAGCGCAGCCUGGCUGAGGAGCUGUUCCGGCUCGCCAGGUUUGGGUGGUAUUGGGGUCCCAUUACUCGUGCCGAGGCUGAAGAGAAGCUCAUUGACCAGCCAGACGGAGCCUUUCUGGUGCGUGACUCUUCGGACGACAAGUACCUCCUGAGCCUCAGCUUCAGGUCCUACAACAAAACACUGCACACCAGGAUUGAGCACAGCAAUGGUUGGUUCAGCUUCUACCCUCACCCUGAACAUGAGGGUCACACCAGUCUGGUGGGACUCAUUGACCACUGCAUGAGUCAUUCAGAGUCAGGGGUGUUCUGCUACUCACGGGCAAGGGUUCCAGGAUCCCCGUCCUUUCCUGUGAGGCUCACCAAGCCUGUCUCCAGGUUCACUCAGGUGCGAUCCUUACAAUACCUGUGCCGCUUUGUGAUUCGUCAGUACACAAGAGUUGACCACAUUCAGUCUCUGCCGCUGCCCACCCGCAUCAAGGGCUACCUGGAGGAGGGACACUACUGACCAGGACAACAGGGGAUGGUCUAUGACAGGGCCAUUGUGCCACAUGACAUUAUGCAAAAUUGGACCGUUGGAAAUUUCCACUGUAAGCCCUCCAAGGAGCUGGCUGUCCAAUGUUAAUAUUUGACUUACAGACACAGAAGUGUGCAUCAUUAGUCAGUGUUUUGUCUGUGAGUGAUGGUGGGAUUGCAUUAUGUACAGAAUUGUGCUCUUCCAUCAUAAGAGGCUGAUGUUAAACCAUGUUAAAGCCUGCAUGUGUGUGCAUGAUAUUUCCACGGUGAGGAGCACCAGCGGCCCAAAGUAGAUAAGGUCUUGUCUGUCUGUUCCACCUGCUCCUUGGCAUACAAGCCGGGAGACCAGGCACUCCACAGCCUGGUGUUUGCCCAACAGAAGGUGACUUAGUGUUAGGAAUGGUGCUGUUCACAAGUAAUGUUGUAAUCAGGUUGCAGGUUUCUGUAUUUUGACCUGUUUACUGUCACUACUACUUUAUGGCAGUGACAGAGAUCUGGUCUGAUGUGUAUGAUGUGGCUGUUCAUAGUCUGUUUUAUCAAUAUUUUCAUUUGAUUACUGCUACUUCAUUAUUUGUUGAAUUUUGAAGAACUUCAUCCACUCGUACAGCUAAUUUUAUUUAUGAAAAAGCAGUUGAAACAUCGUCAAGGUCAGAAAUUCAUUAUGUGGGUGACACAUCGCUGUGCACCGCUUGAUGAUGUGCAAUGUUCAGUGUUAUGCUGGCUGAUGGCACAAAGAUACACACACACGGUCAUGAGGAGGCUGCAAGAGGCCAGGCAGCCUGCACACGUCAGCCCCUGAAACACAUGGCUCGGCCGUCAGGACAUCACAGGGCCAUACAGUGGUUUUGUUAUAUCAUUGCACUACAUGUUUUUUUUAACCAAGUAGUAGUAUAAGUUGCAGUUAUACAUAUAUAUUUAUUUUUUUGAGGGGAAGCAUUUUAAUAAAUAGUUAAAGACAAGAAUCAUAAAUGUUUACUCAUAUGAAAGUUUCUCAUGAAGGAGAGUUUCGCUUUGAAUAUUUUACAUUUUUUGAUAGAAUGAGUAUUCAUUGGUCUGCUCUGGCAUCUGUUAUUUAUAGCUGGGAGUUUAUCAGUGUUCUUAAGCAUGAAGACAUAGAGGCUAUUUUGUUCCCCAAAGAGAAGAACAAGCAUUAUUGAAGGCAUUAUGUUCAGUUUUGUUUGUAUUUUUCAGGUAUUUCACAGAGGUGACAGGGAGGCACUGAGUGCUGGAAGCAGUGAAGAGGUUUACUAAAACAGUGUUGUGUGCACGAGGGCCAGCUGCUGUUCAUGUGGUGGGUUUCGUGCCCAAAUAACACGUAGACAGGACUGUGUAAUGUUGCCAUGACUAGUUGAAUGAAGCGCAAACUAAAUUGUAGAAGGAAGGUCCAGAGAUGAAAGCAUAUGGAGAAAAUGUAGGUAGAUGAUGCAGACUAACUCAGAUCAGAGGGGCUGCAUUGAUCAUGGGUCACAAGUUAAUCAGACAUAUGAAUGCAUAUACGUGAGAGUCAGUCUAGAGAAAAACGAGGACAUUGUAGGAGAAAAGAAAAAUACAACCAGCAAUGUCGAGAAGUAUAUGUCUAGAUAUGUGUGGAGACUUACGGAAUGUUGCUGGAACUUAAGGGUCUGUAAUUGUGUUGACUGGAAAAAGAGGAAGGUCCUGGUGUUCUGGUGAAGAAGAAAACAAUUUCAUGAGUUAAAAAAAAAAAGGCAGAAUUUUUGUCGUACUCAGAUCACUUGGAGGUUUGGUGUUGAGAUAGCAAAUGGUCUCCAUGAGGAGUCUUGCAGCUGAAUGGCUUCAUUUAGCAUGAAGAGGAGAGGUCAGGAAUGGGAGCAGCACAAGUCAGUAGGUGCUGGACUAUCUCUCAACAGAGUAGGUAACGAGAUGAAAAAGCAAUUGGCAGAAAUUGUGCAUAUUCCCACAGGAAAAAUGGAGAGGAUAAGAAUUAAACAAGAGUUUGCACAAAACAUUAGUGAGGGUAGUCAGCAUAAAUGAUGGACUGAGUGUGAGGACAAAGAAUAUAACCAGUCAGGGCUAUGGAAAUGACACUUCAUAGACUGGAAUCCAAGAAGAUUGUGAGGGAGAAUGAAUGAACCAGACCUUUAUGGGAUAACUGGCUGCCAGGUUCUUGCUGAUGAGCAUUUCACUGAUGUACUAUUAGCUGGAAUCUGACCAACAGUGUGCAGGACCAUGCAUUGCAGCCACUUGUCCUAAACCUUUCCUUUAUCUCUCUCUCUCUCCCCACUGUGGGUGAAAAAGUAGUCGAUGGUGACAAUUUAUCUGUGUUGUAGCCCCAAAACAUUGUGCUGGAGUGACUGAGUGUAGUCAUUAUAUGUGUAGCACUGAAUGCAAGCUCAUGAGAUUUUUCUGAGGAACUAAUUUCAACAAACUCUCAGACAACAUUGGUUAUGACUACUGAUUGGCACAGUUGAUCUUGCUUUUAGAUCAGAGGUUUCCAACCUUUCUCUGGUGGCAAGCAUCCAGCAUUUCCCAAACCAAAAGAUCUCUUCCAUGUGUAUGAAGCAGUUAAAAAUGUGCUUGAUUCAAAAGAUAAAAAUAAAAAGGUUUCCUACCAAAGA